AUUCUGUUAUGCACUUCCAAAAGUACGCUAUUAGCAGAGUUAGUUUGUUUUAUAUUUUUAAUUUUACACUUUUUAACCAUUUGUUAUUGCUUUUACAAGUGCAAGGUAUUUAAUCAGUUAAUCAAAUGUCCUACAUAAAUAAAUUAAUUCAAGUAUGAAAUACAUACAUAUUUUGUUUGGCAUACGAAAGAUUGAAGUACUUGAAGAAUUGCACUGUUAAAAACAAGUUGGCAAAAUGUUAAGUUAACAUACGAACACUGUAACAGCAGCAGCAAAUACAAAAUAAAAAUAAUUGAAAUAAACUAAAUAACAAUAAAUUAAUAAAUUGCCAAAAGAGCAUUAGAGUACUUAAUUGGCUACCAACUAAGUUUGAACAGUUAAUAGCAAUAGUCGUCCUCUAAAUGGAGUGCCACAAAAUUUGUCAAGUCCCAUGCCAUACGUCGUGCCCAUGCUAAAGAUAACAGAAGGCAGCCAAAGUACGCGAUGGGCUGCAUCACCAGCACCAACAAGCUGAGUGAGCUGCGACAGGAGAAUGUCUUUCGAGUACGUGUGGCCCACUUGCAGCCGAGCGGACCGGAGGCGCCAAUUGUGCGCAGCGGCUACUUGGAGUUGACACCACGUGAAUUGAUAUUCAUGUCGCCUGGCUGCGAGCCAAUUGUGUGGGCAUUGCAGCACUUGCGACGGUAUGGUCUCAAUGGAGAUCUGUUUUCCUUCGAGGCUGGACGCCGCUGCAUGUCCGGACCGGGCAUCUACACGUUUCGCAUACACAAUGCCGAGCAACUCUAUCCGAUGUUUCAGCGCUAUAUCAAUGCGGUGAAUACGGAUGCCUUUGCCCAAGUGGAGCGGGAACGCGAACGGGAGCGCGUAAGUUCCACGCAUUCGGUUUCUGUGCUGAUGGGACGCAGCGACGUGCAGCCACAUAGCAACAAUUAUCUGGAGCCGGCUCCGAUCCUUGCACGAAGCGCAUUGCAGUCGCAGCAGCAACACCACCCAAGCGAUGCAAUCGCCUUGACUUCGGAUUCACCCGAUUCGCUGCCAAAUCUGCAACUUGUCAAUGCCGACCAGGUCAGCAAUGGAGCGCUGCAGUCGCCUAUCACCCCAGGCGCCUAUAUCAACACAAGUGCCAAUGUCUACUUCGAUCAGCCGAUGCAACGCUUGUUGCAGGAGCAGAGCAGUUGCGGAUCCCCGCACCAGGCCACGCCCACCUCCACGAAUAGUGCUCUCAGCACCAUGCGUAGGCAUCAUCAGCAUCAGCAAAACUUGGGCGAUAUGCCGCCCCAGGAAUCAGCGCCGGCUCUCGCUGAAACGUUGCGUCUAUAUGCAAACGUGGAUCGUUUGCUCUUCGAUAGCGACCGUUGCUAUGAGAACAUCAACCGGUUGGAUCUGCCCCUGCUGCCCCGUGACUCUUCGCAGCAUUCGGUUGCCUCUUCAUCGCAGCAACAGCAGCAGCAGCCGCAGCCUCAGCCGCAGCCUGUUAUCCCAACGAGUUUUCCAGGCGUCAACUACAUUGUGCUUGACUUGGAUCAGCCGCGGAGUCCUGCCCAGAGCUCACCCAAACCGCUAGGCAAUAGCUUUGGCAGCGGACUUUCGCUCUCGAACACAGCGCCCUUAACACCGGAAGUAAGUAAAGUAUCCGAUACGACGACAUUGCCGCAUAACAGAAACUCCACGGCUGGAGCAGCCGCGACACCAACUACAGAAAUUGUGGGCUCUCAAGGCUAUUCCACAAUUGAUUUUAUACGUACCUACGCUCUGAAUAAAUCCUCUACAGCAGCUAACCAUGAUGUCGACUCUAGCACCAAUGGUCAGCAUCAACAAGACCAUGGAUCAGAGGAAGGGGAGCUGCGCAGCACGCGGCACAGCAAAUGCAUGCGAAAGGCCUACUCAAUAAGCGAGUAAAUAGACGAAUAGCCCAGUUGAGAAGGAUGCCAAUCAACGAGUAAGAAGCCAGGGAAAAGACCUACACAAUAGAUAAAUAGAAACGGAACAGCGAAUUACCAACUUGAUAUGAAAUGAGUCAAGCGAUAUUAAACCCAACCAAACCAAUAUCUGGCCAGACGAAUAGCGUGCAUAAUUAUCGAGCAGAAAGCAAAGAGGAUCCAAAUUGGAACGAGUAGGAAAUCUUAGACAGACGGCCAGACGAAUAGCAUACUCAAUUUACGAGUAGAAAACGAACGAGUGAAGAGAGUAGAAAGUAUAGAAAAUCACAAUAAAAAUGACAAGGAAACCAUGCGCGCAACACGUUCAAAAAGGAAGCACAACGAAUUUACAAAAAAAAAAAAAAAAAACAAAUAAUAAGAAAAGGCGCCACAAAACAAAACAAGAAAGGGGUUCAACGUAUUGCCCACUAAACCAGAAUGGCAUUCAAAUUAUGGCCAAAUGUGUAUUUGAAUAUAAUCCACAAAUGUUUGUAUUCAGAGCGAAAACACAAAAAUUGCAAUCAGGUUGUUUCAAUUGAUGUACUUAACGUAUAUAUUUAUAUUUAUUAUAUAGAUUUAACUGUGCACAUAUACAGACAAAAGUAUUUUUACAUACACACACACAUGGGGCUGUUUUUUUUUUUUUUUUUUUUAAAGUGCUAGUCACUUUUGAAAUGUGCGAAAUGAAUUUUCUUUUUGUGAAAAUGCAACAUGUUAGGCUUUUAAAUUAAAAAGUCGUUAAUAAUUUAUGACAUAUGUAAGUAUGUAGAUUGUACACAUGUGUACAUCAUGUAUUCGUUAAACGUAGUCAAACCAAAAUAUUUUGUAGUCUGCAGAACAUUAAGUUAAUGCUUUUUAUAUUGAAUAUGUUUGCCAAAAAAUCGCUGUUAAUCUUAUUUAUAUAAAUUGCUUUAUUGUUAUCCAAAAUUGUUUGGAAAUUGAUGUAUGAUGAGUCCAGCUAUUUAUACAGACUAUAUAUAUACAUAUAUACAUGUAUCUUGUUGGAUUUGUAUUUUAGAUGCAGAAAUAUUUUAAUAUUAUUUGUAUUACUGUAUAGGGUCUAAGACAAAGAUGUGCAAUAAAAAUGUAAUGCGAAAAUA